UGAACCGACCCGAUACCGACUGAAACCCUGCGAAGUGUGGGUAAUCUCGCUAGUUAUAAGCCUAACUUACCGUAAUUAUAUACUUCACUUCCUCAAUUUCUCGUUUCCCGUUCUUCCGAUCAUCACCGUCGGCCACACCUCUCACCGGAGCUUUUCCGCCUUAACCGCCGUUUCAUCUCCGUCACCAUCCACCGUUAUCUCCAUCCAUCUAUCCAUCUAUCUCCGUCAUAAACCACCGUCAAAUCACAACAAUUAAAAAACAAAAAAAACAAGCCCUAAUUCACCGUCAAAUGGACUUCCGAUACGCGAGACCAUCACAACCGCCACCGUCACCAGAUCUUCACCAACCGCCACCACAACAACCAGUUCCUCCACCGCCAGGGACCUCGUAUUCCGGUCAAUUUCACUACAACUCGCCGCCACAAUGGGCUCAACAACCUCCUCCUCCCCCGCCGCCGUACGCCGCUGCUCCUCCGCCACCGAUGCCGCCGUAUGCUAAUCAUUAUUCUGUUCCUCCGAGACCUCAUAUGCCGUUGCCACCACCACCACCGCAGCCUCAUUAUCCUCAUGUCAAUCAGGAAUGGAGUAAUCCAGGCUGGGGACAUCAAGGUUAUGAAUAUUCAGCACAUAGCAAAAAUGAAGAUGAUUGGGCCGCUAGGGCUAGAGCAUGGGCAGCUUCAAAAGCUGUAACAGAUGAUCAACAUCAACAACAUCAUCAUCAUCAUCAUCAUCAUCAUCAGCAACAACAACAACAACAACAUUUACAGUCGGCACCUGUCAAUCUACCGGAAGAAACAAAUCAUCAGAAUCAGUAUACACAGAAUAUGGAUUAUCAGCAACAUUCAGUUCCUCCAUCAAGCUACCAACAGUAUUCGUCUUCUUAUGCACUACCUCCUAGACCACCUGCACACCAUUUGCAAGAGCCGCUGCCGCCGCCACCGCCAUCUUUUAGUUCCGGAUAUGGGUCGGAUGGUUAUUCGUAUCCUGCCAGAGAUGGAAAUUUGCGGGAACCAGCUGCUGUGUAUCCUCGUCAAGAAAUGACACCUACAACUUUAUCAGGUCACCAGCAGGAGGUACCUUCUAGUUAUUCUUCUGUUGCAGGUAAAGAAGAGCUAAGUGAUAUGAACCGAAAUUUUUAUCAACCAUCACCUAUGGCUUUUGCUUCAGCUCCACAACACCAACACCAACUCCAACCAUCAAUUUCUCCUAACGAAAGAUCGAUUCCCGUUGAACAACAACCUCAUUAUUCCUUUAACAACUCAUCUGCUGAGUCAGUAACCGAUCUUAGCAAUCAGCCUUUAGAUUUUGGGCCGAGGUACGGUCAUGACCAUGGCCCGUUUGUGCAGUCUGGUGUACCCGGAAUGCCUUAUCCUUCUAUACCUCCAGUCCACACUACAAUCCAUCAGACUGAUCCUUCUGUGGGUGUUUCUUCUCCUGCUUCUUUGAACUCGACACCAUUUGGGAGGAUAUCGAGCUUCCAACCAACUAUGCCACCUGCAAAUACGACCUUUCCCAUCGGGACCUCAAAUGCAUUUCAUGGUGAUUCGUAUGUGACACCCGGGUUUCCUGAUCGCCCUAAAAAGGCUUCAGUUCCAAACUGGCUCAGAGAGGAAAUAAUUAAAAAGAAAGCAGUCAUUGGUAGUUCAGCCCCAGAGGUUUCCAGACAGGACACCGAAUCUAAUGAAGAUGAAGUUAUGGACCCAAAAGGAGAUCACGUUGGUGGAAAAAGCAUGGACUCUACUCAAUCAGCAGAAGAAGAGGGUGAUGACGAGGAUUAUGUUGAAGCAGCUAGAACUGCUGCAGUUAACCAGGAAAUAAAGCGCAUCUUAACUGAAGUUCUUUUGAAGGUUACGGACGAACUUUUUGAUGAAAUCGCCACAGAUGUUCUAGAAGAAGAUGAUCUUAAUGUAGAAGUCGAGCGUAAGGCUGAUAAUGCAUCAGCAACUAUAACUCCCAAAUCUACUGCAAAGGUCAUAAUUCCCGCCAAUACCAAAGGCGUUGACGUGGAUGAUGCUAGCGGGAAAUCUAGUUUAAGCUCACCUGGAGACGUUCUAGGACUCGGUAAUUAUGCUUCUGACGAUGACGAUGAAGAAGAUAAAGUUAAAAAUGUGUCGGUUCCAUCUUCCAAUAGCGGUAAGCCACCUGUCCACCUGUCAGAAAACGGCAGUUCACAAGUAGACGGCAGUGAUGCGCGUGGUAAAACUAAAAAGCUUCUGGAAGAAAGUGAUUCCCGUAGAGUGAGCCCAAACAGGGCUAUAGAGUCUCGUAAUGAUAUGUCGGAUCGGGAGAAAGUCAAGCCAGAUAGCUCUGACUUUUCAAAGUCAACGGAGAGUGCAAUCCAGGGUGAUCUUAAGUCUAGAAAUGGACCUGAUAAGAGUAGUAAGGACAAGAAACAUAAUAAGGUAGAUGAGAAAAGUGGGACCCAUGAUGAGAGACACGUAAAGAGGGAAAAACAAGAAGAUCAAAAUGGUUCUAAAGAGAGAAUAAAGGAUCAAGACUCUUCAGGGAAAAAGGUCAAGGAUGAUAAAGAAGAGAGAGAAAGGGAUAAAAGAUCCCGUGACAAAGAAGAUAGCAGAAAACGAGAAAAAGAAAAGGACGAAAAGAGUGAACGAACAAAGUAUAAAUCUGUCGGUGACUCGAGCAGACGCAAGCGGCAUCAUUCUCCAUCACCUGGCGGCAGGGGGCGGAGCAGCAAGGACAACUCAUCCGUUAGCCAUGCGCAUGGCUCAAGUGAUAGCUCUUCUGAUGAUUCACGAAGGAAGGUACAUUCUAAACGACGUGAUUUAUCACCAUCUCCUGUGAGGUCAAAAAGACAAGUGUCAAGGUCUCCUAGCAAGCGUUCUCACCGCAGGCAUUCUAUCUAUUCUUCUCUUGAAACCACCAGGGAAAGGAGGAGGUCAAGGUCAAGGUCAAGAUCCAGGUCUCGAAGAGGAUAGUGUCCAAGAUGAUUACACACAGUGACAUAUCUUUGUGUGCUUAUUCCCGACAGCUUUCGAGGGUUGACUAUUGUUGACUAAUCCGGUUUGCAUGCUAUGUAGCUAUCCUAUAUGGAUUUGAGAGACCUUAUUCACUCGAAUGUGCAAAAAGGGAGAAUAGACGAGUGUUUUAAUGUGCAAGUUUCAUAAACAGUCUUUCGUUUGAAAGCACGAUGGUGAGGCUCGUUUUUAUUUGGACUGUUGUGACCUGUAUUUGAUUUUGGAACUAGUUUAUAUAUUGCGUUUUCUCGUAAAUCAUGGACCAUUUGCUCAUGAUGUGCAGAACCCCUUUUCUGUUU